AUGAUGAAGACUCCUGGUUCCGGCCGCCCCUCCGCUGGCCCCCCUUCGCCGGGCAACAUCCCAUCAGUCCCUGGUUCGGCCAUGCAGCAGGGUGCCACAAACAAUGGCAGCAGCGGUAGCAGGAACGGCCCUCCGAUGCAGAUGCCGCCUCAGCCGAUGCCCCCGCACCACCAACACCAUCACCACCACCACCCCCACAAUUACCCGGGGCAUCUGCAUCACUUCCAGCACAUCCCACCAUCUCACCACAUGCACCUCCAGCACCCGCAGCAGCACGGCGGCGGGGGCCCUGGGGACGAGAACCCGUUCGCCGACUUCAUGUGGAUGGAAAACGAGGAGGAUUACAACAGACAGGUAGAGCAGGAGCUGUGGGAGGAGGAGUUCCUGGAGCGUUGCUUCCAGGAGAUGCUGGACGAGGAGGAGAGUGAAUGGUUCAUCCCGUCACGUGACCUUCCACGCCAGGCGGCCGCUGAGGCAGCAGCGCAGCUCAACGGUCUGAGCCUGGGCGAUGGGCCAGCCAGCUCUGCUGCCCCCGCGCAACCGGUUUCCAGCAGCCUGAACCCCAAUGCCAAGGAGUUUGUCCCAGGAAUGAAGUACUAGUACGCUUUCAAGGCAGUUGCGAAUGUGGGGCCAGUAUGUUAGAAAGCUCUUGACCGACAAAACUGGGUUCGGCUGAAGGGCAGGGCCUUGUCAGACUUUGCACCCAAGUUUGACCGUGAAGCUGCAGGUAAAAUGAAAAAGUGUUUAGUGACGGUGUGCAUCUCCUGGAUUGAUUUUGUCCAUCGGGAUUUGGCGACAUAAAGGUGCAGCAUUUUGGAAUUAGGACAUUUAUCGUUGGCUUGCCUUGAAGCAAAAGUGCAAAGUUAAUCUUGUUUGAGCAAGUUUCUAAGAUGUUUCAUGAGACAUAGGAUUGCAAUUAAGAAAAAAAGUGCAUCAAAUUGCCGAGUUUAAGUUGUCCUUUUGUUUUCCCCCCCCAAACCAAACACUGUAACAAGGUACUGAUACUGGCAACUGUACAGUAACUGGUCUUGGAUCAGUGUUGAAACAUCUGUAAAUAUUUGUCUAAAGAAGCAGUGGUUUCCUACUUUCCAAGCAAGUUUUGAGUAAUGUGUCAAUUUACUCUUCAGCAAACCCGUACCCUCUUUUCUAAUCUGCCUAAAUAAUCUGUAAAUGCACAAGAUCUGUGAGGAGGAACACAUUGGUUUGCAUUUGGCACUUGCAUUUAAAUACAACACAGUGAGGGAGCUCGACUUGGAGUUUGAUAUGUUUCUAUUCAUCUCAUCUGAUUAGAUUUUAAUGUAACAGCAGUGAGCUACAACGUUAAUUUUGAACAAUUUCUAAGUCUGCAUUCAUGGAACAGUAUUUGCAAGCAUGUUCAAGCCAUGGUCAGUAUUUCCUGACUUCCUGUCUGGAAUAAAAAUAUAUAUCCCUUGUGCAUUGGUUUUGCACUAACUGCCAAAUGAAUGUAGAAGCAUUUCUUUUACGCAUUUCCAGUUUUUUUUAUGGCGGUGCUUUUUUAAAAAUAGGUUCGGAAAGAUGAACUCAUUUACAAAAUAAUCAACCAGGCUCUAAGGUGUGUUGACACCUUUUCGUCAUUCAUCCUGUCCAAUGAAAUGGUAAUUUUUCUACUAGUGGUGCUCAAUCUUUACUUUUUAAGACUGAUGCAUUUUACAACAGUCAAUAAAAAAUGAACACUAACAUAUGAACCCAUUGCAUAUCUUUAAUUGCAAGGACAGGAAACUGCUGCUCUUGAUUUAAGCCCUUGCUUUUCUUUAAAGACUAAAACUUUUCAAAGAAAUUUUGCUGCGGCUUUGUGUAAAAAAGAAACGAAAUACAAAAAAAAUUUCAAAAAGUUAAAAUUGUAAAAAUAAAAAAACUAUUUAAAAAAGUGUCCAACUCGCAGCACGGUUGGCAAAGUUUUUGUUCCUGUCGUCUACGUACCAGUUCUUUUUCCCGCAAACCAAAAUUUAGUUUUUGUUCAGCAGACUAUAAAAUUGUUGGCUGGAUACUUCAGUUGCUGUAGGUUUUCUACCCAAAAAAAAGAGCCAGGGUAGCAUUAAGUGUUUACUCGCAACACUUCUCCUUAUCUGGCUGCUUGUUCUGGCAAUUUGUAAACAUGUUUGAGCUUUGUAAUAAAUGGUGGCGUCACCAAACAAC